UACAAUUUCUCAUUGAAAAUUGCCUCAGGAUAUUUGGAGAAGACAUCACUUCCCUCUUGGGCGAGAACUCAAUGAGUCGUGGUAACAGCGAGAAGGCUGCAGGUACCGGGAGUAAUUUAAUUGGCUUUAGUGAGAAGCAGACAGCAAUGUUGCCAGGGGUCAUGGGAGAUGUUCUGGAGCCCAGAGCAUCGCCAGGGCAAGGAUUUCCAUGUGCUCCUUCUUCCGAAGGCUGGCUCACUGGUCAGGGGACGUUCCACACUGUUGUGAGACCAAAGAAAGGACAAGAUGAGAUGUCUGACUUAAAGAAGUUUCUAGUGUAGAUCAUAAGGGCAUUAGGACACUUCAUGGUAUGCUACAGUGUUUGGGAAUUUUUUCUAACAAAAUUCUAAAUGGGUUCUAUAUAUAUAUAUAUACACACACAUAUAUAUAUAACAUCAUACAUAUAUAUGUAGUUAUAUAUACAUAAUAUAUAAUUAGAUACUUAUUCUAUAUAAAUAUAUAAUCAUAAUAUAUAUAUUUAUGUAUAUAAGAUGUGCUCUGGUUGAAGCCAGAGCAAGGGGCCUUUCUUCCCCUCCCUCCUCUUUCGGCUCAGGGGCUCUUGAGGCACCACAGGAAUCCAGUGCCCUUUGAAACGGGUUGAAAAGAACUGGCAUCAUUGAGAAAAAAGGACUUGACUUGAUGUCAAACAACCUCUCCAGAGUGUAAAUUCCUAUGCCCCCAUUUACCAGGUAUAUUAUAUUUGGCCAGUUAUUCCAGCUCAGCAUCAGUUUAUUCAUCUCUAAAAUGUAGAUAAAAAUAAUGUCUAAAUCUUAGAAUUGUGGUAAACACUCUAUAAGAUGAUGGAUGUAAUCCAAGAAAAACCCAUUAAUAGGAGUAGCAGAACUGCUCCUGACACCAGAGGUAGUAUGAUUUGAGCCUAGCUAAUCACAGCUACCUGGCAGCAGUCCACCUUAGAAGGUAGACUUUCGAUUCAGAACCUGGAGACACGUAUCAUCAAUCCCUCCAUAUUUCUGACAUUUCUUGGUUUUAUGAUGCUUACCACAUUGCUUUGAGGAAAUCUAUAGGAAAAUACAAGUCAUUAGGAAUUAAGAUGAGCCUGGAGCACAUGGGUGGCUCAGUUGUUAAGCGUCUGCCUUCAGCUCAGGUCAUGAUCCGGGGGUCCUGGAAUCGACCCCCGCGUUGGGCUCCCUGCUCUGAGGGAAGCCUGCUUCUCCCUCUCCCCCUCCCCCUGCUUGUGUUCCCUCUCUCGUUGUCUCUCUCCCUCUGUCAAAAUAUGAAUAAAAUCUAUAAAAAAAAAAAAAAAAAAAGGAAAAAGAAGGUUCAGCGUAUUACACAACAACUACUACUACUAGUACUCUCUCUUCUUCUUAGACUCCGGCCGGAAGACUGUGAAAAGCCAUUUUUUCAGAGACAGGGCCUUUUGGUGGGGCUCCCGCACUUGCCAGCUCACCCAGUGCACAGCCCCACCUUCCGCAAAGCCAGGACAGCUCUUUGGAGUUUCCCUCAUGGAUAUCUGUGAUAAAGACAACCUGCCCUUUCCAAUUCUGGAUAUGCUUUCCUUUAUUAAUCAAAAAGGGCCACUCACAGAAGGCGUCUUCCGCAAAUCAGCCAAUAUAAAAUCCUGCAGAGUCCUAAAGAAAAAACUAAAUUCUGGGGUCAAAGUGAACCCGUACAGCGAAUCUGUUCAUGUGGUCGCAUCCGUCUUCAAGGACUUUCUUAGAAAUAUCCAAGGAAGUAUAUUUUUAUCCGAUCUCUAUGACAAAUGGCUCAGUGUUAUUGAUCAAGGCAACAAAGAGGAGAAGAUAACUGCAGCCCAGAGGCUUUUAGGCCAGCUGCCAAGAGCAAAUGUUGUUCUCUUGCGAUACCUUUUUGGAGUGCUAUACAACAUUGAGCUACAUUCCUCAUCCAAUCAGAUGACAGCUUAUAAUUUAUCCGUUUGUAUAGCCCCAAGUGUUCUUUACCCACCUGAUUCCGGCAGCUUGGAAUUGGAAGACAACUUGAUAAGAAAGAUUUCUCUUGUACAAUUUCUCAUUGAAAAUUGCCUCAGGAUAUUUGGAGAAGACAUCACUUCCCUCUUUGGCGAGAACUCAAUGAGUCGUGGUAACAGCGAGAAGGCUGCAGUAGUGUCAGGAAAUCCACCUCUUGAAUCCAAGCCAGUGAGAGUGAGAGUGAUUUACAAAAAGGCACAACGGCAGAAUGAUACGAAGACCCCAUCUGGCAUGGUUCCACCCAGCUACUUGUCUACAGUUUUCUAAGUCACUGAAGAGUACCAUCUACAUAAUGACACUUGACUCUUCCGUUUUCUUUAGUUCCUAUAAAAUAGAAAAUAAAAUGAACUGUUUUUCCAAUGAAUGAAAAAUGAGCCCCUUCCAAGGAACUUGCUCAUCCCAUUAGAAUUUUUCUUUUGCCUCAUCUCAUAUUAUCCAUAUUGAGGAAAUCUUCCCACAAAGUAUCUCCUCUGUCUUCAAUACCUACCAUCUCAUAUUAUGUACUUUGUUGCAUUGUAGUGUAUUGCAUAUUUUUAUACUGAUGCAAUAAAAGUAAUUCCAUCACUCAGUGGGUUAGACAACCAUUUUACUUGUUUAUGAUUCAUAUCAACACUUCAGUGGAGGCUCAUCUGAGCAGUUCUGGUCUCAGCUGAGGUCACUUGAGCACCUGCAGUCAGCUGGCAGCUCAUCUGGAGCUAACCUAGGAGUCUGUUUAUUGGUGUUGGCUCUCAGCUGGUCCCCAUGUCUUCAACGAGCUAGCCUGUCCUGCAUAUGGUGGAGGAAGAGUUGCCAGAAGCAAGAAAGGCUUUUCAAGAGUUAAUGUGGGAGAGGACUGUGCAAAGCACCAUGCCAAAGACAGUGAUUUACAAGACAAGGAGGCAUUCAUUAUUUAUUAAGACCACACAUGAUAAUCAAAGCUCAAGGCAGCACCACUACUACACACAUCCUUUUAUUCAUCGGCUUUUAAUCCUCAGUGGAUUAUAAUCAGCAUUUCCUAAAAGGCAUUCAAAGUGUGGUAGGAAGUAUCUUUGAAAUAGUAACUGAUUUUUUACCUCAGGUAUUCUUUGCCUCUAUCCUUGUCCCGGUCUUAAGCUGUCUUACGGACAACUAAAUCACUUCCUCAGGGAAUAGAAGCUAUAGGAGAAUAUGAGGAAAAGGGAGCCCUUUGUUGCUUAUGAGUUUUAAAAAUUUAGCUUUCUAGGAAACAAAACUUACUCAUGGCAUAGAGUAGAAGAUUUAGGUGGAAAUCUCAUGGGAAAAGCCCAAAAUCAUUAGGUACAUGGGACAUCUGCCCCUUUUCCUGGAUAGAAGCCAAAAGAAAGCAGGAAGGCCUCACAGAAUAGCUAAUUGACUUGUCUAAGAAAGACGGGGCCCCUGUGGGUCCACAUAGAGUUUCUUAUACCUCAGCAUGGAACAGAUCAGUAAGAAAAGUAUUCCCAUCAAUUCCAGAAUAGUAUGGAAGAACUACAGAGAGCCACCAGGUUUGAAAGACAUGUCUCAACAACAGUAGUACUGACCAAUUCCCCAGGACCAGAGAACAGUGAGGACAUCUCAGCAGAUGCUAGUAUACAUCAAUGACCCAAAGCAGCAGAUAAGUGCCACCUCGCCAUUUCAUAGCCUUCUAACUCCCUGGCACUAGAAGACUCCAGAACAUAGACACACUCCUGGGGGAAAUUAAGAGAUCCUGAAUUUCUACCAAUCUGGGAACAGAGAAUCAAACUAGACACCAAGCGAGCUAUUUAAAAACACAGAAUUGGACAUUUAUUACAUAUGUCAAUGUAUACAUUGAGGUUGGUAUCAAUAUAUAUAGAAUAUAUGAUCCAAGCACAGUUUUCCUAGAAAGGGUUCCCUGGUCAAAUAGGUUAGGGAAAUUCUGUAUUUUCCUUUUGAAGUCAAAUGCUCCAGUUUUUUCCACACUUAUUUGACAUUGCUUGGCCCUUUUGGAGUAACCCCAUUAAUUAAUGAUCCUGGGAACAUACAUUAAUAAACAUCGCUCUGAAUUUAUUUCUUCUUAACUCACAGAUUUUACCAUUUCACUCACCUGCUAAGAAGCCAUCAAUAGAUCUUUGAAUUUUUUUUUUUUUCAGAAAAAAAUGUCCUUUUUUAGAUCCUCCACAAUGCAACCUGCUCUAGUAAUCAAUUUUGUCUUCACUCUUUCCCAUUGUAGAUCCUUUGCUUUAGCUAGGUCAGAAACGUUACUGGCCCCUGAAUAAGUCACACUCACUUUUCUAACUAUAAUCCUCACCUCUCCUUGGUCUCUACGUUUCCACCCACUAACUAGGUAGCCAUCUGGGUUCUCCACUCCCAGAAUUUCACAAAGCCUUCCUGAUCUCAAAUUAAUUGUUCUUUACAUGAGCGCUUGCCCCUACUAGACAUUGGCUCGUAUGCUGCUUUGCACCGUCGGGAAUUAUGCCAGUGUGUUCAUACAUUAUUCAGCAAAUCCAAAUUCCUGUGGUAAACAACUGUAUCUUGUGUUAGUUUUAUAUUACUUUUAAUGCCUGGCUAAAUUUCUACUCAAAAAAAUAUGAAUGAAUAUGUUCAAUUUUCGAAGGGUGUAGAGAUUUUAUACACAUUGGUAGCAACUGCAAGUUUUAAAACUGAAGAGGUAGAAUACAGCACAUAUGGAAUUUCAAUGGGUGGCAAUAAGACAUCAUCAGUUUGACCAAUUUUUUUAGAUAUGACUUCACAGCCUUAUUCACAAGUUCUGGGAUAUAUUAUUUUUAUUCAUUAUGUAAAAAAUCUGAUAUCGGUGUGAUGCAUUUGGGAAUAAUUGCAUUUUUGUAUUAAAUUUCUUCUAAAUAUCAACAAUCCAGAAUAAAAGGGGCAAAAAAACAUGGCUGGGCAAUGCAUCUGUGAGUUUUUAAGCCAAGGAAGAUAUUAAAAAAAAAAAAAAUUGAAAAGAAGAGGAGCUAGAAAUACCAGAAGGUAAAGAAAAGCUGAAAUUGAACUUAUUUGUCAAUGGCAACUCAAGAGAUUCCUGACCUAGGAAAAUGGUUAAUAAAUGUUAGUAUUUCCUUCAGGAGACUCAAGCAUAAUGUCUCCUUGAGAAUAACAAUUUAUUUCUUAAAUUUGAGGAAAAGAUCCUAGGAACUCUGAUAAACUGUAAAAGAACUUAAUUGCCUAAUCUAGAAUGAAUAAAAGGCAAUUAGACAUUCUGAUAUUGGCCUUUACCGUACCUGGGAGUAAGAUGUGUGUAGUCAUCAGUCAAUCUGCACUUAGUGAUGUAGUUAAGGUUAAACAUCUCCAGAAGUAAAAUAAAGGUACUUAGAAUGACUCUCCUAUUUUAUUCCAGAAAGAAAGCGACUCACAGGCUACCAAUAUCAGCAAAUUAAUAUCAUGGAUGGUUGGGAUUAAUUACCAUGAUAAAUUAAGUGGGAUAUAUAUAUAAUCACUCAAUGUUUAUUCCACAAAAGCAACAUGUAAGAAUUUGGUGAAUGGAAUAUAUAUUAGUACAAGAAGCCACUUCUUUUCAGAGAGCACUGAACGAUGCCUUUUAUAUUUUUCUGUAAUUCUUUCUAUGCUUAAGCCGAAUGGGCCAGUAAUACUCUGAAGAUUUAUAGUGGAUGGUGACUCUAUUUUCCAGUUUUGUUUUGUUUUACUUACCCACAACAUAAUUGGUGCUAAGAAAAAAUUGGCUUCCUUAUGGUCCUUGGCCUAAAUGUCAGUAUUAAUUUAGUUGGCUUAAUCUUUAAAAAAUGGUAUCAUUCCUUUGUCAAAUAAAAGAAACAACUAGAAAACCAAACUGUCAAAGGAAAGUUGUAAUUUCCUAAAAUGGAAAAAGCGAAACUGCUUUGUAAGAAUGGGAGUUUUUCCAAAAUGUAAAAAUAUAAAACUAGUUGGGAAAGAAAAAACAAAACAACACCGUCUUCAGGAUAGUGAUUACCUCUGUGGAAGGAAAGAAUGGGAUUGAGUAAAGGGGGUAAAAAGAAACUCCAAGCACACAUAUAUUAAUUUAAUUUCUUGAAAGAUUUAAAAAUGCUAACAUUUCACCACGUGCUUUACACUUCUUAAGAAAAUGUUAGAGGUGACUUUAUUACAUAAAUAUCCACAACAUACCCAUGCAUACACACACACACACACAAUUUGUAUAUAUAAACAUACAAAACAUUGUUAAAUGAAUAAGUAAACUACAGAAAUUCUUAUCAUUCAGCAAUUUUAUCUUUUUACCAUAGGUUUUGUGAUUCCUCUGUAUGGAUGACCUGGUUCACUCCGUCUAGUAUUCCAUUAUAUGAUAAUGCAUUUAUGUGUGUACACAUCUACCUUGAUCAAACUUUCUAGAGGCUUGCCUAGUUUAUUAGCUUUCAAAGAAAUAGAUUUUAAAAAUCAUCUCCAUUAAUGUUUUUUCCUAGGUUAUUAAUUUGUGUUUUGCUUUUACCAUUCUAUUGCUUCAACUUUCUUACUGUUUUCACUUCUUCAUCUAGCUUCUUGGAUUAAAUG